CUGGAAUUGAAAUUCCAGAUACACAGAGCAAAAAAAAAGUGUAAACCACCCCGUGUUAGUGAAGAGAUGAAUUGCUGCCCAGCAAAGGGUGACUGACUCUCCGUGCCACGGUGAUGAUCACUGGCCAUUUUGGGCAAACCAAGGGCAAUGGGCCUGCGGAGAAAAGCGAGGGGCGGGCGAGGGCGGCCGGGUUUCUCCGGGGCGGCGGGGCCGCGCUGACAGUGAUUCGUGCGGCGGGCCGGGGCCGGCUCCGCUCUGAAACGCGAGCCCCGGGAUGAAUAAGUCAUGGACCUCUCUUGGCAGCUCGACAGCUCGGUCCAGCCCUCCCGGGGCCGGGAUCCGACGGGGGGAGGACUGCCACUGUCCCGGGGCUUUUAAGGGAGCGGCCGAGGAGCCGCUCCGCAGGGCAGGGCAGCAUGGAGGGGAGCCCGCACCUCCUGCAGGUCAUCCGCAAGAUGCGCUCCCAGAUCCACAAGCUGGAGAGGGAAAACAGGGCCCUGAGGGGAGAGCUGCGGGGCUGCGGGCAGACAGCGGCGCCGGCACGGCCAGAUGGGAGCGGCGGAGCGAGGAGAUGGGAGCAACCCGCCCUCGGUGCGGAGGGACCGGCGGCAUCCCCGGCAUCCCCCGCAUCCCCCGCAUCCCUGCAGGGAGGCGCCGCGGCCGCUCCAGCGCCGAGGGAGCAGACAGAUACUGCCAUGACUGUGAGACGCUACUCCACCGUCUCCCCAGCUCCUGCUCCUUCCAGCACAAGGUCCCACUGGGCUGGCAGGAAGCCUCCAAGCACUGGACUCCUGGAGGUGCCAGGCAGUGCCCAGCCACCAGCCCCUCCUGCUGCAGCACAGCUCAGCAGGGAAGAGGAGGGAGGGCUUGGAAAAUCACCAGCCAGUUGUCUCUCCUACAGCCACUCCAGCAACGUGAAGCUGUUCCAGGAGCAUGUCUGCAAGUGCCAGGGUAAAGUGAAGGCUGUGAGUUUCCUCUUACCAACAGAUAUGUGAUCAUUUGCUGAAAAGCAAGGUUCUCUCAACAGCCCACAAAAUCAGAGCACGAAACAUCUGAUGACCACCACUGAAAAGGAUAUGUGAGCUGGUGAAUUUUUAAAGGCCCAUUGAUUCCUGAGAUCAAUUGGCCUUAAAUGAUAGCUGUGUGUCAGGUUCCUCUCCUGCAAAACGUUCUGGCAGGAUGCCCACAGAGCAUCACCCAGCCGUGUUUUGGGUCACUGCCCUGAUGUUCAGCAUGGAAAUGGAAGCCACAACAAAGCCAACUGGAAGCCCAGACACUGCGAUGAAACCACACCAGGCAAAGGUGCCUCCACAAAGUGCUCCUGUGCAAUGUGUUCAAGGACCCCUUACCCCAGGACUGAUGAGAACAGGGUGCUGAAGCUGGGUUUGGUGUGUUUGUCACAAAAAGCAGAAACCGUGUCACCACUUGUGUUUGCCGAUUCCCUUGACAGAAAGGUGUCUGACGCAAGUGACAAAAUAAGAGCUAUCAAAGAGCCUGGGAGGUUUUCUCUGUAGGUAAAACUUUCAAGCUUCACUAAUACAUCAAAGUUAAGGAGAUACUAUAGAGUCAGUUAAUGUUGCCCUGAUUUCUGCAAAGCUUGGCAAUGAGUUUAUGUCCUUUUGGGGUCCACUUCCAACAGAGCACAGGGCACAGCCUAAUCUAAGAAUUUGUCAGCAUGGAAGUAUUUCAGUUGAGCAGCCUCUGAUACCAGCAGCACGUUUGGCUCUUCCCUGGUUUGGAGGACGAGGACCAUCAUCUGCAUGCUGGUUGCCAUGGAGACUCCCAUCGCUUUUGGAAUCACAAGUUUUGCCUGAAAGGAAACACUCCUGCACUGUG